GCCCACGCACGCCGCUGCCCUCGCAAUGCAGCUGCCGGCGGUCCGGCUAGUGUGGCUCGGGCGGGCUCGCUACUCCGAGCUGCUGGCACUGCAGGAGCAUUGGCUGCGGCGGCUGCAGGCUGACCCUAGCCCGGGGACCGAGGCGGGCGCGCUCUUGCUCUGCGAGCCAGCGGGGCCCGUGUACACGGGCGGGCUCCGCGGCGGCCUGACGCCCGAGGAGACGACGCGGCUGAGGGCCUUGGGCGCCGAGGUGCGCGCCACUGGCCGCGGCGGCUUAGCCACUUUCCACGGCCCCGGCCAGCUGCUCUGCCACCCGGUGCUUGACCUGCGGCGCCUAGGCCUGCGCCUGCGCACCCACGUGGCGGCGCUGGAGGCGUGCGCCGUGCGCCUGUGCGAGCUCCGGGGCCUUCGGGGAGCUCGCGCGCGGCCGCCCCCCUACACCGGUGUCUGGCUGGGCGAGCGCAAGAUUUGCGCGAUCGGAGUCCGCUGUGGAAGGCACAUCACAUCCCACGGCCUGGCUCUGAACUGUUCUACAGACCUCACUUGGUUUGAGCACAUUGUGCCCUGUGGACUGGUUGGGACAGGAGUCACUUCCCUGAGUGAGGCACUCCAGAGACUCGUCACUGUGGAUGAAGUAAUGCCAUCUUUCCUUGUGGCCUUCCAGGAGACUUUCAAGUGCACGUUAAUCUCUGAGGACAGCCCCAGAUGAAGGGUCCUUAAUUCACCUUAGCCGGGGGAUGAUGGUCCUGCGACAGAAGGCUCCUAGUCUGACUUGAGUCCCCCAGAACCCGAUUCUAGAACUACUCUGUGAUUUACUGACCAUGACAGAGGACAGAUCCUGAGCUGUUGCUUCCUGUAUCUCUCCAUCUACCUCAGGGAUCGAUAUGAAAAGUCACAUGCCACGUAAAGCAUCCCUGUGACUAUUGACACGUUUCUCGGCUUGGAGACACUCCAGUGUUAUAAACUGUCAUUCAUAAUUACUUGCUACUUAGUGCUGUAUCUAACAGCGAGUUUGAUCUGUAGGUCUUUUGAGUUCUGUGGGAAUCAAAUCUCUGUGACCCAGGUGAAAGUGAUUCGGUCAAGUUAUUUCAUUCUCAAAAGACCUGAGUCUGUCUUCAAUAAAGGGGUAAGCCUCUUCAAAAAGCAAAAUGAGAUUUUUGCCUUUUUGAGUUGAAUCCCUCAGGCUUGAUAAUUUUCCUGUUUUUGCUUGGGGUCAACAGAGAUGGGAUAGAGGCUAUGGAAAACGAGCGUUAAUUCCUCCUUGUACACAAAUACCAUAAAGAAAAGAUUUUCCUACACAGGAUCCCUGGGUCUGUAAGAAUGUCAGCUCAUUGCUAAGUAAUGAAACAGAAACUGUGAUUCAAGACAACCAGGACCACAGUACCUCGUGCUUUGUGGAUCAGGAGUUUGGAAGAAAUGGACCUAGGUGGGUUGGAGUCUUACCAGAGCUUGCAUCAAAGGUAUCGGUUGUCACUGGGAGGCUUAGCCAGUGCUGGAGGUCAGUUUAAAGAUGGGUGGCCCAUGGUGCUUGCUCGGUUGCUUCUUGUUGCUGACAGAGGCCUCCGUUCCUUACCAUGUGGACCCUGGCAGAAGUGAUGGUAGAAGGCGGCAAACUGGGAGCGCCCGUGUCUUUUGUGACCUAGCUGUGGAGUCCCACGGUCCUUUCCGUACUCUCCCAAAUGGGCCUUAUUUGGGGUGGGAGGGACAUCCUAUUACAUCCCAUUAGUAACCAUCUUGGAGACAGGUCCUUAUAACGUGUGAAAAGUAGACAGAGCCUUGAUGGAGACCCUGGUGCCACCACACUUGGCGCUAUGGAGGUUAUUUCUUCUAUUUCCUCUCUAGGCUUCAGUGCUAUUCACUAGAAAUGCAGUAAGAGCUGUGCUGUAGUUGGAUUUUUUUUUUUCUUUUGGUUUUUUGAGACAGGGUUUCUCUGUGUAGCUUUGGAGCCUGUCCUGUAACUCACUCUGUGGCUGGCCUCAAACUCACAGAGAUCCUCCUGCCUCUGCCUUCCUGAGUGCUGCGACUAAAGGCAUGUGCCACCACAGCCCAGCUUUAAAAGUUUUUUUUUUUUUGUUUUGUUUUUUUUUAAGGGGGGUUAGUUUUAAUACAUUUGCCUCAGUUCAUUAAAUAAAUCUCUAUGAAGUAUGUAACAUUAAUAUUUUAUAGUUAUACUGUCAUCAAAAAUUUGGUGCAUGCUUUGUACUUUUAAGGAGCCUCAUCUGACUAACCACAUUCUGUAGGUGCUCAUCAGUCACAUGGGGAUAGCCUUAAAACUGACUUUUUUAAAAAAACAUUUGAUACUUGCUCCAGCUGGUUUUGAACUACUGAUUCACCUGUCUUUGCCUCCUAAUUAUGGAGAUUAUAAUUAUGUGCCUGAAGCCAUUCCUGCCUCCCUUUGCUCGAUUUUUGACAAUGGUCUCAUAGCCCAGGCCGACCUUCCACCUGACUUAGCAAUCUCACUAUUAGUUAUUGUAUUGGUUACUUUUCUAUUGCUGUGAUAAAGUACCACGACCAAAUGCAAGGAACAGAGGAGUUCAUUUGGGCUUAUGGUCCCAGAGGGGUGAGAGUCCAUUAUGGUAGGAAGCAUGGCAGCAAGCAGCAGCCAUGAGAGUGGGACAGGAAGCUGAGAGCUCCCAUCUCAACCACAGACAGGAAACAGAGCUCGCACUGGAAAUGGCUUAAGGCUUUGAUCUCAAAGUCUGUCCCCAGAGGCAGGCUUCUUGCCUCAUGGCCCACCUUCUAAACCUCCCCAAAUAUGUUCACCAACUGGGGACUGAGUAUGCUUAAAUACUGGAGCCUCCGGGUGACUUUUCUGAUUCAAAUCACCACAUGUACAUAUGCAAAAUAAAUGAAAUUAGUAUGCCAUAGAGCUGCUCACUCCCAUGCUCACAUCAGCACUAUUCACAAGAGCCAGGACAUGGAAAUGAGGGCAACCAAAGUGACCAUCAGCUGAUGAACGGAUGAAGUAGAUGGAAUACUAUUCAGUCUUAUAAAAGGAAAGGGCCCUGUUAUUUGAAUGAACCUGGAGGACAUCCAUGAGUGAAACAAAUCAGACUCAGAAAAUCAGAUGCUGUGUGGUCUGGCUUAUAUUUGUGUCUUACCUAGGUUUCUAUUGCAGUAAUGAAACACCAUGACCAAGGCAACUUGUAGAAGUAAGGGUUUAUUUUGGGCUUAUGGUUCCAGAGGAGUAGGAGUCCAUCACCGUUAUGGCGGGGCUGUUGCAGCGAGCACCAGACAUGGCGGCAGAACAGCUGAGAGCUCAGAUCUGGAACUGAAAACAGGAAGCAGAGGGAGCCGACCGAAGUGGCACAAGUCUUAAAGCUCUCAAAACCCGCCUCAGUGACAAACUUCCUCCAGCAGGGCCACACCUCCGAAGCCUGCCCAAACAGCCACAAACUGCGAACAAAGUUUUCAAAUGCCUGAGAAUACGGGAGACGUCUCAUUCAAACCACACGAUGUGGAAUCUUAAAAAGUCGAUCUCACAGAGGUUGAGACUGAAAUAAUGGUUACCAGAGGCAAGGGAAGAUGGCGGAGGGGAGGGUGAGGUCAGUCUCCAGGUGCAGGGAGAGUAGGUUCUGGUCCUUUGUUUUUACAUGGUAGAGUGAUUACAGUUAACGUAGUGUAUAUUCCAAAAUUGCUAGGAGAGGAUUUCGGAUGUUCUCACCACAGAGAAAUAAUAUUUAAUGUAAUUAAUGUUUUUCACCCUAAUCUGAUCAGUAUACAGUGUAUAUAUACGUGAAAGUAUCACAUAAAGAAGUACAAUUAUUUUAGUCAAAUACAAAGUUUAUUAUAUAUAUAUAUCAUAUGUAAAUAAAUAAAUAAACUUAAGAAAAUAAGAGGACCAUGAUUUACUUAUCCCUGGUCCCUAGCUCAGAGCCUGGUACAGAAUAGAUUGCAGGAAGCAUAUGCUAGCUAUUAAUACUCACCCGUAGUUUUGGCUCCCUGCCCUCUGGACGCAGGAUAAGAAUGUACUUCCUGACACCCUCAAGUUGGGCAGAGCCAGGUGAUUUGUUCUAAUAACUGAGUUAUGAAUAGGGGUGGCAUCUCACUUCUCAGCUGGAGCACUGAGUAGCUGAUGCCAGACUUCAAGGUUCUUUCCGUAUAGAACAGGAACCAGUGACAUUGAAGAGGAUGGCUGCUUCCUGGGGGGCUGCGGCAAGCAGAACCUCAUCCGAUGCUGAGCACAGACAUCCCACCUAAGUGGGGAGGCUGUCACUUAGCACAGCAUAGACUCAUCUGUCCAACUACCGUGAUACGUUUAUGUUACUCGGGGCAAUUGUAUCCGCAAGUGUAGGAACCUACUGUAACAUAAGCAAAAGCAAAACAAAACAUCUGGCCAUAGUGGCCUACACAUUUAAUUGCAGCACUUAGGGGCAGAGGACUCUCUGUGAGUCCGAGGCCAGCCUAGUCUACAUAGCUAGUUCCAGGCCAACCAGGGCUUUGUAAUGAGACCCUGUCUCAAAACAAAAACAAAAACAGUGAGAAGUUACUGGAAAAGGUUCUGGAAUCUUAACGGUCUGAGAGUGGUGCCGCAGUGAAAUGCAAGACUGGUGCCAGAGCAGAAUGUGAGCCUUUGUGAAAAGAAUUCCUGGAAAGAAGCCGUGUCUGCAAAGGCCAAACAACUGAUUAAAUCUCAGUGAUAUAUAGGGGUUGGAAUGUUGCAGGUCCAGAACCUGCUGACUGUUUGUCUGGAGUUAGCUUUAGCCCCCUAAAGAGCCAUUCCUUGCCCAUCUCUGUGUUGGACAUAACAACCUGUGACUUGCAGGUAAAGCCAGAGACAACGUCCUGACAAACAGGUUUUAACUUCACAAAACCCCAUUCUCCACCGACCAACCGGAAGCUUUCCUGUCAACACCAAGACUCUGGCUAUAUCCACAUCCCUGGAGAGGCCAAGGAACUGAGGAGCUGUGGGACACCCACCAGGAGAUUCUCAAAGAUGUCUGGGAGCCAGCAGAGUUCCUGUGCUGUUUGAUGGCAUUCCAGUUCUUCCUGUACCUCAGUUUCCAUUGCUAUGGAGACUUCCAAUGGGACUGAGACCUGGUACCAGAGCCUCCAUGCUGUGCUGAAGGCUCUGAAUGCCACCCUUCACAGUCACUUGCUCUGCCCGCCCGGUCCAGGGCCAGUACCUGGGCCAGACAACCAAACUGAAGAGCGUCGGGCUAGCCUUCCUGGCCGUGAUGACAACUCCUACAUGUAUAUUCUCUUUGUCAUGUUCCUAUUUGCUGUCACUGUGGGCAGUCUCAUCCUGGGGUACACCCGUUCACGCAAAGUGGACAAACGCAGUGACCCCUAUCACGUGUACAUCAAGAACCGCGUGUCUAUGAUCUGAUGUGAGGUGCCUGAGGAUGAUGGAAGAUUACGAUGCCUGAGGAUUGUCUUCUUGGGCCUCUAGAAUUCAGCUCUGGACCCUACCAAGCUUCAGUGUCUCUAUCUAUAUAAGAGCAACAAGAAAUUGGUAAGAGAGAUCGUCUCUGAGACCAGAGAGGAGGAGGGGCUGGUAGGCCUGGCCUUGUGGAUAAUACAUUUUUUCCAGACAAAGAUAGACAUUAUAAACCAGGAGCCCACGAACAAAUAUAUAGAAGUAUGGACUACCGGCAAGCAGGAAAAGAGGAAGACAAAGGGAAAUGGAGCAGAAGACGCUCUGGACACAUACUCCUUUAAUGUAUGAUCUUCAAACAUGAGAAACCUUGAUAAAAUCUCGCAUAACGCUA